AUGGAGACUCCUGCCGAUAACAACUCGGCUAAAAAAAACAACACCCCCGAACCAACAAUAACAAUAACAACAACAACAUCAACGAAAACAGUAAAUGUAACAGAAGAGGGGAUUAACUCAACUAAUGUAGAUACAAUACCACAAAGGCCACAACGUGGAGGUGAGGCGUGGGGAAUUGACUUCUCACUCCCAAAGAUACGGCGUAAAACCACCAAGAAGGAACGUGAUGCCAUUAUCUCCAGUAGACUCAAACGUCUCAUUCAACAACAACAACAACAACAACAAAAAGAAGAAAACGAAACGGUAGGAGUAAAUGCACAACAGCAGGAAGGGGAAAAGGAAGGUAUUGUGAAGUCUGAAGGAAUGAAUAGUCGUCGGCCAUUACCUAUAGUGAGAGUAGAUGCGAUGGCGGAUCGUCAGUGUUUAAUCCCAACACAACUCCCCACCACCCGUGAAGAUCUCGAACAGCGUCUCUGUUUGCGCAUUCCUCGUUUACUCGCGGUAACGAAACAAUAUCCACGCAGCUGUGGUGUCUCCUCUCUUACCUCCAUUUGGAAUUAUCUCUACACCCGCAUUGGAGAAUCCACCACAGGAAUACAUAAUCGUCCACCUAUUUCACAAGAGGAAGUGAUGUCUAUAUUAGGCUUUGAACCACCCUUUGAUAGUAUCUCAUGGGGACCCUUUACAGGCAAUGGAACUCUUCUACGAUGGUUUCACGCACUUAAUCGACACUUUGGUGUACGUGGACGGGCGUAUGUAUUCUACAAACCACAGGGAAAAGGAUGUACAACUUGUACCUCAGAAGAGGCCCUGCGGGAGUUAAAGGAACUCUUGCGUAAUCCAAAUGCCGCAGUGAUUUAUCAUUGUCAUAAUCACUAUAUGGUUCCUAUAGGUUAUCAAGAGAUUCCAUUAGCACAGACGGACUUUUAUGCAAAGGAUGUACCCGUGGAAAAUACAGAAACUACUGUUUUUAUUGGAGAAGUAAGUCGUGGUCGACAUGAGGCGAUGUAUGCAAGGAAGUGGAGUGAGAUUGUGAAGGAUCUCAUGUGCCGCUCUCCGAAUUUUUUUAACAUUCGACGUCCAGAAUUGGGUAUUCAAACACGUAUUUCAAAGAGUAAGAGAAACACUCUUGUAAAGGAGAAUGAACUCAGUAAUAAAAAGUUAACCGAUCAAGAACAACAACAAGAACAAGAAGAAAAAGAAGGGACUCCAGGGGUAUUGGAACAGUCAUCAUCACCAAUAGUCUCAGGAGAAAAGGCUCCAGUUUUGGGAACUUCUUCAGAAAUUUCUCCUUCAACAGUUGAUCGUGUGGAGGAGAGUGAACCAACGGGGAAUACAGGCACGAAAAAAACUAAAAAGAAAUCUGGUGGUGGAAAUUUACAUUGCCUUAUAUGUUUUCGUAGUGACGAAGUGGAGGAACACCCAGAACGGUUUGAGAAUCCUUCCAGCAGCAGCAGUAGUAGUAGUAGUAGUAGUGAUAGUGAUAGCAGCAGCAGCAGCAGCAGUGAUGAGAGUGAAAUGGAAAAUGUAGAGUAG